CGGUUCAGUGUCACUCACUGUCGGCUCUGGUACUGGUGGGACACACAAGAAGACGUCCUCGGGAAAUAACCUGUUUUUGAUUAGGUUAAAUACUUUUAAACGUAUUUUACCUUUUGUUUCUAUUUGUCCCACCGGGAAUCUAUCUGCCUGUACCUGUCGAAAUGAUUAAAAACGGUCACCACGCCACCAACGACCAGCAGGAUGAAGCCGGCUACAGUAAACCGGGUGGUUCAGGGUGCAGCCCCGAGAAAAGGAGGCGCGUAGUCCGGCUAUGGUGUGACGGAUGUUAUGACAUGGUGCACUACGGUCACUCCAACCAGCUUCGGCAGGCUAAAGGCAUGGGGGAUUACCUCAUAGUCGGAGUGCAUACAGAUGCUGAGAUUUCAAAGCACAAGGGCCCCCCGGUCUUCACCCAGGAGGAACGCUACAAGAUGGUACGAGCCAUCAAGUGGGUGGAUGAGAUAGUGGAAGGGGCGCCUUACGUCACCACCCUGGAGACUCUGGACAAGUACAACUGUGACUUUUGCGUGCACGGAGAUGACAUCACGCUGACCGUAGACGGCAAGGACACAUACGCGGAGGUAAAGCGUGAAGGACGUUACCGGGAGUGUAGACGCACACAGGGCGUCUCCACCACUGACCUGGUGGGACGUAUGCUUCUAAUGACCAAAGCUCAUCACAGCAACAUGGAUAAUCCAGAUUACCAGCAGCAUACAGACAACUUUGGAAAGGGUCCUAAAGGCCACAGUCCAUGGACAGGAGUGUCUCAGUUCCUGCAGACGUCCCAGAAGAUCAUCCAGUUCGCCUCAGGGAAGGAGCCUCAGCCAGGAGACACUAUUAUCUAUGUAGCCGGGGCAUUCGACCUCUUCCACAUCGGCCAUGUUGACUUCUUGGAGAUGGUCUAUAAGCAGGCGGAGAGGCCCUACGUCAUUGUAGGUCUGCACUUUGACCAGGAAGUGAAUCGGUACAAGGGGAAGAACUAUCCAAUCAUGAACAUCCAUGAGAGAACACUGAGCGUCCUGGCCUGUCGGUAUGUGUCAGAGGUGGUGAUUGGUGCACCAUAUGCAGUGGGCAAAGACCUGCUGGAUCAUUUCAAGGUGGACCUGGUGUGUCAUGGCAAGACAGAGGUGUUUCCAGACAAGGAUGCAUCAGACCCCUACGCUGAGCCUAAGAAGAGGGGGAUAUUCAGGACCAUCAAUAGUGGGAACAACCUCACCACUGAUGACAUCGUCCAGAGGAUCAUUGAAAACAGGCUGCAAUUUGAAGCCAGAAACCAAAAAAAGGAGGCUAAAGAGAUGGCAGUGAUCGAAGCCAUGAAGAAGAGAGAGGAGCAGGAGCAGAGUGAAGCCGGAGCCCAGGCCGCUCACUAGUGAGACCCAGGCAGGACUGCUUCUGUGUCUGAUUUACUCGUCCUGGUACACUCAGCUUUAAGGUUGGACUAAACUGACUGAAUAAGAAAGUCCAUGCUGUGGUUGUCUACAACUCAGGGGGGGAUCGUCCAGUCACAGCGAGUCCCCUGAGUGUAGGAUCUUGCUUACCGUCGUACACGCUGUGGGGUUAGCUUCCCUCAGCUUUCGUCUAUAUGAACUUUUUCUCCAGCUAAUGGGAUUAGAUUAGACCUGCCUUGACCAGAACACGAAGAGUCCAGACGCCGAACACAUGCCACUAUUUAACCUGCAAAUCCCUUUACACCUCUCUUCCUCUGCAGCAGAGAACUGUGUUAUUUUUAUCUUCUGUCAUGUUUUGGUUCCGUCCAUGUAAUCACGCACUACUGUACGUGUUUAGGUGUAAAAGUGGUAUGUUGUAAUUAUUCAUAACUUAUUGACAGACCGCUAAUGUCAUUAUCGGGUAUGUUCUUAGAUUUUUUUAAUCAAAUUAAAUUUUAAUCAUCAGUUUUAAAUGUGUCAUCAAUACAUUUGAAUGUGGUCUAUCGUUAACACAUUUUAAUUUCUAGAAGUCACUUUGUUGUUUUUAUCCAUCCUUAAAAAACGUCAUUACUGCAUUAAAUGAUCUGUGAAGUAGUCUUCUAAUUUUAACUGUGCAUUUUAACUACCUGAAUUUGCACCGUGUGUGUGUGUGUGUGUGUGUGUGUGUGUGUGUGUGUGUGUGUGUGUGUGUGUGUGUGUGUGUGUGUGUGUGUGUGUGUGUGUGUGUGUGUGUGUGUGUGUGUGUGUGUGUGUGUGUGUGUGAGGAAGAGAGAGCGAGAGAGUUGAACGAGGUCAGUGAGGGUUUGCGCUGUAAAUUAUAGUAGUGCCUCAUUCCUGUAGCUAUAACUAAUGUAAGGGCUGUGUAUAGACUUCUGAUUACACUCAAAGUAAUGUCUGUAGUAAUUGAUUGUGUCAGCAGCUGGGUCAGUACACUUCUCAAGUCCUUCCCAGUCUACGUUCAAGGAAUGUCCUUUUUUCCUUUUUUUCACAAGACAAUCCAAGGACUUAAAGAUUUGGGGCCUGAUAUUACUGUCAAACUGUCUCUGCAAAUGUUGGUAGAUUGUUGAAGGUCACUGUGCUGCUUUUCCUGUCAUUAUAUGGAGCAUAUUAACCUGGAGGUGAAAUGCUAAUGGUGCGAGAGAGUUUUUAAAGUGUGUCUGUGGGUUGGUGGCAGCCUGAGAAAUAAAUAAGUUUGACAUGGUGGACAUUUUUACAUCCUUUAAAUCACUAUUUUGUAAUGUGCGAAUUUCCCCUUUAUUAAACUGGCAAUAUGGCAAA